GUCAUAGUUGUCACUUUAUAAGGAUACACAAUUUUCAUUCGACUGCAAAAAUUUGUCAUUUUGUUAGAGUAAAAUUAUUCAAUAAAAAUGAUUUUAAAUAAAUUUUAAUUCACAAUUAUAAACAAAAAUAUCCAUUAUGCGUAAAUUUGCACUGAUAUUUUAUAUACUGUUGUUGGCAUCUGUAAAUGACACAAAUGCCAGAACGGCCAAACGUUCCGAUGUCUAUAUAGCUGGAUUUUUUCCCUAUGGCGAUGGUGUUGAAAAUUCAGAUACUGGACGUGGUGUUAUGCCAAGUGUAAAAUUAGCAUUGUCACAUGUCAAUGAACAUCCCAGAAUAUUGACAAACUACAGAUUGCACAUGUGGUGGAAUGACACUGAAUGUAAUGCAGCAGUUGGCGUUAAAUCCUUUUUCGAUAUGAUGCAUUCCGGCCCAAAUAAGCUAAUGUUAUUUGGUGCUGCAUGCACACAUGUCACCGAUCCAAUAGCCAAGGCCAGUAAGCACUGGCAUUUGACACAAUUAUCGUAUGCCGAUACCCAUCCCAUGUUUACUAAAGAUGCUUUUCCCAAUUUCUUUCGUGUGGUACCGUCAGAAAAUGCAUUCAAUGCUCCACGCUUAGCAUUGCUAAAAGAAUUCAAUUGGACUCGUGUUGGAACUUUAUAUCAAAAUGAACCACGUUAUUCAUUGCCUCAUAAUCACAUGGUGGCCGAUUUAGAUGCAAUGGAAUUGGAUGUGGUCGAAACACAAAGUUUUGUAAAUGAUGUGAGUGAAUCACUAAAGAAGUUAAGGGAAAAGGAUGUUCGUAUCAUAUUGGGUAAUUUUAAUGAGCACUUUGCACGUAAAGUCUUUUGCGAUGCCUAUAAAUUGGAAAUGUAUGGUCGUGCCUAUCAAUGGCUAAUAAUGGCUACAUAUUCUGGUGAAUGGUGGAAUGCUACCAUAGAUACUGAAUGUACCGUUGAAGAAAUAUCUACAGCUUUGGAAGGUACAAUCAUGGUCGACUUAUUGCCCUUAUCAACGAGUGGCGACAUAACAAUUGCGGGAAUCACUGCCGAUGAGUAUUUAUCUGAAUAUGAUAGUUUGCGUGGAAAUGAAUAUUCACGUUUUCACGGCUACACAUACGAUGGCAUCUGGGCUGCAGCAUUAGCCAUUCAAUAUGUGGCUCAGAAGCGUGAAGAUUUUUUAACUCAUUUUGAUUAUCGUGUCAAAGAAUGGGAAAGUGUUUUUCUCGAAGCUUUAAGAAAUACCUCUUUUGAAGGUGUAACGGGACCUGUACGUUUUUAUAAUAAUGAACGUAAAGCUAAUAUAUUAAUUAGUCAAUUUCAAUUGGGUUUAGCUGAAAAAAUUGGAGAAUAUCAUUCGCAAUUAAGUCAUUUGGAUUUGACUAUGGGUAAACCAGUGAGAUGGGUUGGUAAAACUCCACCCAAAGAUCGUACACUAAUUUACAUUGAACAUAGCCAAGUUAAUUUAACCAUUUAUAUAGUAUCGGCUAGUGCUUCUGUAAUCGGUGUUAUUAUAGCCUGUGUAUUUCUGGCAUUUAAUAUUAAAUAUCGCAAUCAAAGAUAUAUUAAAAUGUCCAGUCCACAUCUAAAUAAUUUAAUAAUAGUAGGUUGUAUUUUAACCUAUUUGAGUGUAAUAUUCUUGGGACUGGAUACAACAUUGAGCAGUGUGGCAGCUUUUCCUUAUAUAUGCACAGCCAGAGCAUGGAUUUUAAUGGCUGGUUUUAGUCUGGCAUUCGGUGCGAUGUUUUCGAAAACAUGGCGAGUUCAUUCAAUCUUUACAGAUUUGAAAUUAAAUAAAAAAGUCAUAAAAGAUUAUCAACUGUUUAUGGUAGUGGGAGUAUUGCUGGCAAUAGAUAUAGCAAUUAUUACAACAUGGCAGAUUGCUGAUCCAUUUUAUCGAGACACCAAACAAUUAGAACCCAGAUUACAUGAACAUAUAGAUGAUGUCUUAGUUAUACCCGAAAAUGAAUACUGUCAAUCGGAACAUAUGACCAUUUUCGUUAGUAUUAUUUACGCCUAUAAAGGCCUACUUCUGGUAUUUGGGGCAUUUUUAGCUUGGGAAACACGUCAUGUUUCAAUACCAGCUUUAAAUGAUUCAAAACAUAUUGGAUUUUCGGUUUAUAAUGUAUUCAUUACUUGCAUUGCGGGUGCUGCUAUUUCUCUAGUUUUAUCAGAUCGCAAGGACUUGGUUUUUGUCUUACUCUCAUUUUUUAUAAUUUUUUGUACAACAGCAACUUUGUGUUUGGUGUUCGUACCGAAACUCGUAGAAAUGAAACGUAAUCCUCAAGGAGUGGUCGACAAACGAGUAAGAGCUACACUACGACCAAUGUCGAAAAAUCGUCGCGAUUCUUCGGUUUGCGAAUUGGAGCAACGUUUGCGUGAUGUUAAAAAUACAAAUUGUCGUUUUCGAAAAGCCCUGAUGGAAAAAGAAAACGAGUUACAGGCUCUUAUUAAGAAAUUAGGACCUGAAGCUAGAAAAUGGAUAGAUGGUGUUACGAGCGGCUCUGGUGGCGGUAGCAUUGGAGGUGAUACAGAACCGAUAUUGGGUGGUAGUAAUGGUGGGGGUAUGAAUGAUACAUCCAGGCUAUCAGCACCGCCUGUUCGAAGGGAAAUGCCCAGUACUACUGAAAUAACUGAACUAACAUCGGUAGAUAGUGUUACGUCCACACAUGUUGAAAUGGACAAUACAGUAAUAUCAGUGCAAUCAACUUCUGUUGCUCCAUCAUUGCCACCUAAAAAGAAUGUCAAACGCCAAGAGAGUAUUGCCGUGCAAUCAACUACGAUAAAACCCCAACAAGUUAUGCAACAACCUAUACAACAACAGUUACAACAACAACUACAACAGCAAGCUCAAUUUCAACAGCAGCAACAACAAGCAAAAAUCUGUAACGAUACCAGGCGUCAUGUUGAUAAACGUAAUUCGGUCUCUGCUCAAACUGAUGUCAGUAUUGGCUCAAUGUCUAGCUUAAAACGACAAGAGUGUAACAACAUUCACCGUGACGAAUCUAACUUAAGAGAGCGAAGACAAUCAACAACAUCUUCAAGGCACUAUGAAAAUGGCACUCAAACACCGACAACAAGAACUAAAUACUCGAAUAAUAAUCACAGGAAUUCAUCAACAAAUAUAUCAACGUCACAGAGUGAACUAAAUAAUGUUUGUCCACAUGGAGGACACGGAAAAAACAAUAAUGUUGUCAAAACCCCAGUAGCAUCAGACAACCGUCGCGUUAGUAUGGGUUCAGCAUUAAAAUCAAAUUUUGUUGUCUCGCAAAGUGAUCUCUGGGAUACACAUACUCUGUCGCAUGCCAAACAACACUCACGUCAGUCACCACGCAACUAUGCUAGUCCUCAACGCUGCUCUGAGCACAGUCACAUCAUGCCAUCAACAUAUGAUCAAAUGACAUCACCCAUACAACGUUCCGUAUCGGAAAAGAAUCGCAAUAAACAUCGACAUAAACCACAAAAGGGUACAGUAUGUCAGAGUGAAACGGAUAGUGAACGAGAGCGAGAACCAACACCGCCCAGUACUCAAUGUAUACAACAACGUAAAGUAAAUCGCACAAAUAUCCAACAUGCAGCACAUCAUCAUUCGUCACCAAAUGUGGCACCCGACAAGCAACGUUCUAGUAAACAUCGUGGUUUGAAAACCGAUUCUUCGUCCAUGUACGGCGCAAGUUCUGAGACGGAAUUACUAGAUGGUGAAACGGCUAUAUUGCCUAUAUUCCGUAAAUUAUUAACCGAAAAGAGUCCCAAUUAUCGCGGCCGCAAUGUUGUCGGACAGAGUUGUCCUAAUAUAUCAAUUAAAUGCGAUAUAGUCGAAUAUUUGUAAUUAUUUUAUAAGCAAUUUUAAUAGAAUUUAAUUCAAGCUUUUUGUUUCUCAAAUUAAACGUAUUCAAUUUGAAAUAAAAACAAAAUUAAAAUUUUAUCAAAAUGCAUGCAAUUUCCUAUAAACAUAAAAUAAUUAUAUAAUAGAGUUAAAUUGAUGUUUUAAAAACUAAGAAAAAAUAAAAUAAAAUACGAAUAAAAUUAUAAC